GAAGGAAGAUAGCACCGGACAACAGCGAUAGCGGCGUUAUCUAAGAAGGCACCGACCUACCGCAUCGUGACGCACCAGCCACAAGCAGCUGAGCGGCGGACAACAUGCAGCGAUACAUCGCGGUAAUAUUUAUAAUCUGGGUGACGCUAAGUUCCGCAGAAGACUCGGACAUGAAGGCGCCGUAUGAAAUAGAAAAAUUUACGCACCAUCCAGGGAUAUAUUUUGAGAAGCUAGGAGGAUUACAUCAGGUUGAAUCCUUCUGGAAGGUGGUCAUCAAGAUAGACGUGACGUCACUAUCGAAACGACUCACACAGGUAGAAAAAUACGUACGCAAAACAGAUAAUUUAUGCAAAAUGAUAGCAGUCAUAGGUAAAGAAACAUGCAAAAAAUCUACACAGCGUCAUUGCAAAAGGGUGUGAAAAAACUAAUAAACUAAUAGAACGCAUAAACUCAAUAUACAAUACAAGAAUACACAGAAGAGGAUUAAUAGCGACGGGAUAGGGUCAGUCGCAAAAUCGUUGUUCGGUACGAUGGACGCAAACGACAAAAAAUUAAUUAACGAACAAUUAACGGUAUUACACGACUCACAAGAAUUAAACAAACACGCAAUAAAAAACCAAAUAAAAAUUAUGCAAGCCACUAUCGCCCACAUUGAUAACAGUGAAAGAACUAUCUGACAAAACGAGAAUACUUUCGCGGACGCGACAGACAAACUAAGGACAAAAUUAUUAGAGGAUGAACGUCAAAGUAACCUACACAAAAAUUGUAUAAUGAUUAACGCGGUACUGUCUGAUCUAACACGCGACGCGGAAGACGUACUAGAAUAUUUGACGUUUUUGAAAAAGGGAAUUUUGCAUCCUUGUUUAACACCCAUUGCAAUAAUAAUAGGAUCACUUAAAGACGCUAGCUCGCAAUUGCCCGAAGGGGACUCUUCCCCGAAGGGGAAGGGGACUCUACUUCCCAUUCAGAAUAAAAGAGGAUGAAUGGUCGACAAUAGAGAAAUUUGCCACAGUAGGCGCAUAUUGCGACCCAAUAAAUAUAUACACUAUUUUGCGAUUUCCUCUAAUUUCGAUGCCAAAAUAUGAAAUACUAAGCGUAAUUCCGCUAUCUAUCCCAGGUCAGAACAACAUUUUCUCGUUCGUAGAAAUUAACAAUCCCCUGAUCGCAAUAGACACAGAACAGCGUACUUACAUAAUCCUCGCAAAGAACGACCUGCAAAAAUGCAUAGAAAUAAAUACCGAAUACCUAUGCGCGGAAAAUCACUUCGUAUAUCGAAUAAACCCAGACUCUAUUUGCGAAAUAAAAAUGUACCUAGAAACUAAAGAUAAAAAUUGUAACAUAAAAAAUGCGACGUUGAACCACAGCUUUUGGAUAACGCUAAGUAAUUCACACUCGUGGCUAUACUUGUCACCACGAAACAAGCAAUUACUCUACAUUGUAAAGACCACGGAAAAAUAAAGGAAACGAUUGAAAAAAUAGGUAAAAUUACAUUAAAAAAUAACUGUAAGUUAGUGACAGAAAAUACAAUUAUAAAAUCACCCAAGAUGUCACAUGAGACAAGAGUAGAAUCAUAUCUACCUUAGUAUAAUAUUUCAUUACUACAGAAGCCUGACUUAGAAAAUGACACAGGCCUCACAAAGAAAAUAAGAUUAAGAAAUAUUAUACCAAAUCCGACGGAAUUAAAAAAUUCCAAGGACAAAUUAGAGGAGAUAGACAACGAACUAGAUAAAGAUUCAAAUUCGAUUCUUCAGUCGCCACAUUUUAUUUUUCCAAUGGCAACAAGCGGAAUGACAAUAGUAAUAAUAAUAAUAGCCAUAGCAAUAGGAAUUAAUAUAAUACAAAAGAAAAAGCGGAAUAACAAUAAGCGGGUCACAUUAGAUAUAGAUACAGAAUAUUCGAUACCAAGAUCUAUGUUAAAACGAAGCAACAGUACACGCUUCUAACACAAAAAACAUUGAGAUAUAUGUAAUAGUAAUUAAUAAUAAUUCUUAUUAUUAUAUAUUAAAUACAAUUUGAUCCAUUUCCCCCCUCCCGCGAAAAAAAAGCGUAGCAUUAGUUUGCACAGCUCUACGUCUUGGAUUAACAAAAUCAGACCACACGAUCGCGUUACACCGGAACAAAAGAAUCAAAAAACUUUUUUCUGCAAAUUACGCUCACACACCGGAUGUACACAGCUGAAUUGACUAUGACCAUAUAUGGUCCGAUUUAGGGCAUUACACCCCACCAAUUCCGUUUUUCGCGGGAUUAUAAAAACUGACGACCCAAUCGAGCUCCAAAGACUCGAUACUGUCGUCACGGUAAACAAAUCAAGCUCAAGAACAAGAACAGCAGCAGCCAGGCGGAAUCAGCCCCGCAAAUUACCCCGGUGACAUAGGCUUCCAGGGCAUACACACUAACUUCAAGAACAGGAUGAAAAUUUCUAUGGAAUUCGAACUCAGUCAGCCCAUCGAUGGAGUGCGCCCAUUGGACCACCCAGAAAGGUACGGGAGACUUUUACGAAGCAUCUGUCUCCAACCAACGGAGAGAUGUCUAGUGGAAACAGAGUUUCCUUGGAGAAGAUGGUGCCGAAGCUGUUAUCGCCAACGAUACCGGUUUCAUUGCACCAUACGAGACCCAUCGGCGCACGGAUACCGGACGCAGCUCUCACCUGACGAACAUUGAGAAACGAUCACCCAGUGCUUCAAGUGCGGAAAAGUUCAAAUGGACGUGCGCCCUGCCAGAGACUGCCGGAAGUGCAUCGAAAUAUUCCUCGACGAAGAAGAGGCCAUAAAUGAGACCCUGGAUAUGAACAUGUUCAGUUUUGAAAAGUUUUAAAUCUAUGUGUACGCGAAUCUGAGAACGAGCGAUACCAGCUACGUAUGGUAUGUAAUUAUUAGUACUGUAAAACAAUAAGGGAAUAGCAAUUAGUAUAGUCAGCAUAAAGCUUUGCACUACGCGAAAAGCGAUAAUGUUGCGUAAUCUAUUAGUUGCAAAAACUCAGUCCCCUCGUUUUCUUUUCAAUAAGGGGGAGGGAUGUUGUGAGUGCGCGACACUCACACAAACUAUACUCGCAAUAACGGUGUCGAGUGACACCUCGCGCGACGACACCGUCUGGCCUUGCUGCCGGGCAUCGCACCGGCCUUCACACCGGACAUCGCACCGGGCAACAUAUCCGGUUACUAUUCAUUUCGCCACCCGAAAUCUCCUGAUUUCCGGUGGAAUGCGCCUAGCUAGCAAUUACUGGCUAAGCUAGUGCAUGGGCCAAAGGCCCGUGACCGCGAGUGACAUCCCUUGGUAACAAGCCGAAAAGCGGAGUAUAUAAACGCCGCGGAAAGAGAACGAGUGGGCUCAUUAUUAAUAAUAAUAGCGACGGGUCUACGUCGCUCGUCGAAUCAACGAACUAAACUUAAUUAUUCACCUUUCAGGUUUGUUAAAGAAAUUGUAAGACGGUAGAACAAAUAUAUACAUAUAUCUCUUAUUAUC